GGGUGACUUUAUGUUGUUGCAACGGAGACAAACGUCAGGAGCGUGGAAGGACAUUGCAAGCAGCAGUCAUGUAUAGAUUAUUAUUCCGGACUGUGUUAACGGCUCGAAAGUCUUCAGUCAGUGUGUGUGAGUCGUGUGUGUUUCCAGCAAGAUGUGACAGAGCUGCAGCUCCAGUGUUCAGGGUCGCAAAUGGAGGUGGAGUCAAAGCCCUCAGCACAAGUUCGGUCAGGCUCUGUGAAAAGAAAAGCGAUGUUGCCCCCUCUAAUCAAGAUGAGAUAACACAUGCAGAUAAAGAGGCUGAGCCCACAGAAACUCCAACUUUGGUUACACAGAAAGCUGAAGAUGACAGCCAAGUCAUUAAGAUGGCCGAACAAAAGGAGGAGGAGCCAGUGGUGUUAAAGACAGAUGAUGGAGGCACCACGCAGCAGCAGGUGGAUGUUAAAAUUGAGCAGGUCGUGGCACCGCCAGAAGAAGUGAAGCCUGCUGCAGUUAAGAACGGAAAAGAGAGUCUCCUCGACCUUCUUGGAGGCAUGAAGGUGGAAGUAACUACUAAGAGGAAGCUCAAAAACUUGAAAGCAAAGCCAAGUUACGAGUCCACACCCAAGUCAAAGCCAGCAGCCAUGGAGAGCACCAUCAGCAUGUUUCAGAAGGCCACAGAGGACGCUUCAUCACAGAGUGAGACACUAGAUCCCAAACUGGUUGCAGCUGCGUCUGCUGCUGCCUCCACUCUGCCUGACAGCAGCCAGGCUGAGUCUGAGCUGCUGAGGCAGCUGAGGCAGCACGAGACCAUCGCUGAGGCUCAGAAGAAAGGGGACAUGAACAACCUCGGACAAAUCAUUGCUGAAAUGAAAGUGGGGAGGAAUCCCAACAGACAGAGCGCUAACCCGGCCAAUCAGAUCCGGUUUGAUGAAGACGGGCGGGGAUACACAAGCGACAGAGGAAUCACUGCUGAGCUGGAUGGUAUUCGGAGAAGGAAGAACUUGUUCUCAGGGAAAAGGCUCAACAUCUUCUCCCCCUCUACUGAUCAAGAUAAAGUUGAAUCAGCAAUUGCACGACCAACUCUAUGGGACAUGGACUUUGCUUAUCAGUUGUCUCUUUCGGCCAACCAAACGCACCGCAACAGGCUUGAGGAAAUGAUCCAGUGGACCAAAGAGGGAAAAAUGUGGCAGUACCCAAUCAACAAUGAAGCUGGCCUGGAGGAGGAAGCCUGUGUCCCGUUCCAUGAGCACAUCUUCUUAGAGAAACACCUGGAGGAAGGUUUUCCCCGUCAGGGACCAGUGCGUCACUUCAUGGAGCUCGUGGUGGCCGGUCUGUCCAGAAACCCUUACCUGACAGUCCAGCAGAAGAAAGAACACAUUUCCUGGUUCAGAGACUACUUCCACCAAAAACAGGAAGUCCUCAAGGAGGCCGAUGUUCACCUCAACUGAGCUUUAGACAAAUGCAUACAUUUUCAACAUGUGUUGAAUGUGGACACAUAAAAGUAAGACCUGUUUACUCAGCAGGGCUUUGCAACUAUCAUCGUCUUCAGUGACGCAGUUUGGAUUUGCUCCAGGAUGGCUGUUAGAGUGAACUGUCAUCGAGUCUGUGUCGUGGUAUUUAACAUUGUACAGUUUCUAAAGUGCUGAUCAGACUGUAGAACCACUGUUAAAAUGUUGCUCAUACAAGCGCUUGCACAAAGUGUACAAACGAUAUAAAGCAGCAAAUGUACAGUCA